ACCAUGGGAAGCAGAAAGCACGUCACGCCUACGAUCAACAACAAGGCGAGAUGAAUAACAUCAAGGUACCUUUCCCACGAUCGACAUACGAGCCAUAAUAUUCACCCAGAAAUAGAACACCUACUUGAUUCAAAUCAACGUAACCAACAAGCAGAAACAAAAGUAUUACCAUGAAUACGUACCGGAACUUCUUGAUGUAAGCAAGAUGAAUAGUCAUGUUCCGCUCAUUCCUGACGCACGAGCAGAGCUUGCAAGACCUUUCAGAAACGCGAGUAGCGAAACUGAAUUCAUUGUGGUCAACCGCAGCACAACUGGAGACCGACACACUCUCACGAAGUACUCAAGCGCUACAACACCUGUCUGCUGAAAUUCCACGCAACAACCCCCUCCUGGAUUCAAUGAUGUUUGUACGUCACAACGCCGCACCCUGGGAGGAGCCAGCGGACAUGAAUUUCGAGCCUAGCCCUGUUUGGCUUGACGAAGGACUGAUGGCAGUAGAUGAGCCUGCGACUGUAUUCCUGCGUAAUGUCCUACUGAAAAGCAAGGGUCAGAUGGGAGAGUUCCGAAGGCAACUUGAUGCAAAACGGCGAGAAGUUGAGGCCGGGAAGAAGGUCAGGCAGCUCAUUCGAGAAGGCAAAGACAAGCGUGAUGAGGUUGAAGUUGUCCGCUCGAUAUUUGCACUUCAGGAAGCAAUGCAUGACGUCGAACGUCAGAAGAGCACAGCUGAAGUGGAAGUUUUAACAAUCACGGCAGCCGUCGGUGAUGUCAGUAUUGGCGCAAAGAACCACAACUUCAAGUCUCAAACAUUCAAGAUUCCUACGAAUUGCGAUCUAUGCGGCGAGAGAAUAUGGGGUCUGUCUGCUAAAGGAUUUGAUUGCAGUGAUUGUGGGUACACGUGCCACAGCAAAUGUGAACUCAAAGUGCCAGCGGACUGUCCUGGUGAACUCAACAAAUUAGAGAAAAAGAAAAUUAAAGAUGAACGACAGAAGGCGGCUCACGCUACUCCGGUUGCCAAUGGUGCUUCCGAACCACAAUCUCAGGCGUCGACGAUCCGGAGGUCUGACACAGUUAAUUCCAUGAACACAUUAAGUUCAGGGUACUCGGUGAAUGCCCCGAGAGCUGCAACAGGAGGUAUAUUGCCACCAGAGGACGACGCUCAUGAGCCUAGUGCUCCCCCUAGGGCUCCACCGACUGUUGGAGCACCACGCCGGGUACUCGCGCCUCCACCCUCACAAUAUAUCAAAGAUGCAGACGGUGCGUCGGACCCCCCAAGGUCAUCCGAUCCAAAAGCCCGUAUGUUGUAUGCUUAUCAGGGUACUGGUGACGAGGAGAUUUUCGUUCCGGACGGGAAAGAGGUAAUUAUAUUAGAACCGGAUGAUGGAUCUGGUUGGAUGAAAGUACGAUUUGGAACGAAGGAGGGCCUUGUACCUGCGGCAUACGCUGAAGUGAUACCCUCGACUCCUGUAUCAGCAGGACGACCUGGCUCGACCUACUCGAACUCGUCCAUCUCUGUCGCUGGAAGUAUCAAUGCACCUGGAACAAAAAAGAAAGGCCCAGCGGUUGCACCUAAACGUGGCGCGAAGAAGCUAAAGUAUGCAGAAGCCAUGUAUGAUUACUCGGCGCAGAGUGAUGCAGAGCAUUCUAUCGCCGAAGGCGAACGAUUCGUACUGAUAACUAGGGACAUAGGUGACGGAUGGGCGGAUAUAGAGAAGGGCGGGCAGGUCAAGAGUGUUCCUGCAAAUUACAUUCAAGAAGUGUGAAUAUCGAGAUGUUGGCUGUGGCAUUGAAGGUGGCGCAUUGGAGAUAGUGUCAAGACCAAGGAGUCUGUUUGGUGCACUACAUCGU